GCGCGCGAUAUGAGAGAGCGUUUUGAGUUCGAUAUACCUCACAAUAUCUGAACUGCACUUUGUGUAACACAAGUGCGAAUACCAUCUACAUUUCUCAGUAACACAUCAUAUAAUAUGAUAGUUGACAGUCUGGAGUGCAGUAUAUGUUUACAAAAUUUUAUUCAUCCUGCACAAUUACCCUGUGGACAUAUAUUUUGCUUUUUAUGCAUCAAAGGUUGUGCUUUUCAUAGACUGAAAUGUCCUAUGUGUCGUAGUAGAUUUUCUUCGCGUUUCUUUGAUGAUCCCAAACUUGUUAAUGUCUGGGUUAAAAGUGAAAAAGAUCGACUUGAUGAAAUAAAUCAACUAGUCGAUUCAUGUGAAUGUUUGUCAAUCCGACCACAACAAUCAGCAGCAGUAGAAGAAGGUGAUGCUUCAACCUCAAAUCAUCAAUGUUCAAAUUAUGCCUGGUUCUACGAAGGUUUUCAAGGUUGGUGGCAAUACGAUGAACGUACAUGCUAUGAGUUAGAAAAUGCAUUUAACAAACAAUUACCAUCUCAUGAGCUAACAAUUGCAGGUUAUAUUUAUGUUAUAGAUCUAAAGAAUAUGACUCAAAUACGCAAAGAUCGUUCUGGACGUUUACGUCGAAUUAAACGGGAUUUAGUGACUUGUGAGAAGAAAGGUGUUGCUGGAAUAAAGCUUUCUUCAAUUCAAGCAUCUGGCAGUGAUACAAUUUCUAAAACACCUAGAUGUGAUGAAGCUAGUGUUUCCAACUCAAAUACACUUCCUACUACUACUACCAGCUCGUGUAAUCCUCCUUCAAAUUCUUCAGCUUCCACUUCAAAUCCUGGAUCUUCAACACAUGAUACCAAUUCAGCAGUUGGCCGAGUUCUACGUUCAAGUCGGUCACGUACUCCGCAUUCUCUUGGUAAUACAAGCACUGGGUUAGCGUAUACAGCUGACGCCGUCCAUAGAUCUAUUUCAUCUGGACCACGUAAUCAGAGUGAUACAAGCUCCACCACCACGUCCCCCUCCUCCUCCGCAGUAGAAUCACAUAAUCAACACACAUGAUGAAAGCAUUCACAUUCACAUCCUUUGCUUAUAUACAAUUAAUUAUUUGCCUCCAGAAACGAAAAUUCACAAUCAAGUCAAUUUGUUUUCAUAACUGUGAUCACUUUAAGACUCAUUUGGAGGACUCUUAUCUCUGGAGAAAAUUUUCAAAUGUUGUAUCAUAUACACAAAGCUUAGAAGAAAACAAACUGUUUUAGAUAGUACAGAAAUUUUUAACAUAUAUAUACUUUUAUCUUAUAUAAUGCCCUAAGUGUAUUUUCAAUAAAAAUUAAUUCCUUG